CCCCCUGAUCAUCAAAUAUGGGUCCUGAAAGGCUGACUGCUGUUACCAACAAUGAAAAGGCCGUGAAUGUUGGCUCCUCACAACGCAUCCAGCACCAAGACGCCUCAGUUGGUUCCAAUGCUAAAUCUGUUCAUACGGGAUAUGAGUCCCGAGAUAUUACAGUCAUCAAUAAUAAGAUAACACAUCACUAUGCUCCGCCAAGUGAGCUGCCUUAUCGAGGAAAUCUAGCGGCUGGAUACGUGAAGAAUUACUUGGUAUCGCCAGACGAUGACAUCAAUUGGAGCAAGAGGUCUCAAGAUUUUCUCACCCGAAAUGAGGCUGAAAAUGAGAGUUCUGAGAUUUUCCAAGAUGAGCUGGAUAAAGCGAUUGAUUCUUACAGCGGAAUAUCUUGGAGACGACAAAGUCCACGAAUUGAUCAUCUGAAAGCUAUUAAAACGAACAUGAUAAGUUUCUCUUCAUGGCUAAAGGCUCUGAACACAGAUCAGCAUCGCUCUUCACUAUGUGAGAACAACCAGGUGCUAAGGGAUCAAGACGAAUUAGACGCCUACGCUGUCGAAAAACUGGCAAAUGUAUUUUGCCUCUUCGGUGAUGGCACAGAAUAUUAUCUAAGGGCUAUUGAGAACGAAAAAUUGACGUCGUCAAUAAUCGAAGACACAAUUGUUAUUUAUGAAUGUCUAGUCAUUAUACUUGUUCUCCUCUUACAUGGAAUCAGAAUGCUGGAGCAGUACCUGCGUAACGAGUACAUCCAAAAACGACAGAUGAACUUGUCAAAUAGCUCCAUGGCACAGACAGAUAAGUCCUGCCUUAAGUCAACAAACGUGAUCCGUUAUCUCAACUACAGAGCCACUGGCGACUUUAAGAGGUGUAUCACAGUGGGCAGGCCAAAUUUUGAACAUAUUCAGCAGCUGGCUCGAUUGACCCAUGGAGAAAUCUACCGAACCUGGUUAACAGAUGAAUACAAUUCUUCGGCCCUCCUCGUGGAAGGCGGGAGUGCACCAACUGAGUCAAUUACUUCGUUAUCUUACCUCUGCGCCCGUAUUGUACAAGAGUACAAAGAUACCGACAGAAUCUUCGUUCUGUCUUACUUCGGUGGUAUCCGCGGCGAACAAGCAAAUGCGACGGAUGUGCUCUGUCAAAUGUUGGGCCAAUUAUUGACAUACAAAUUAGUCGCAAACAUCUACUUGCGACAUCCAAUCGAGCAGGAGUUGAAGGAUAAAAUAAAGAGAAAGGACUUUGCGACGCUGCUGGAUGUCUUCCUCAAGCUGAUUAAACAGCUUGAACCAUACAAGGGGGUUAUUUUCUGCAUUAUCGACUCUGUAUCAAUGAUUGAAAGAGGAAAACAAAAGAAGAAUGCCGAGAAUCUUCUUCUAGCACUGAAUAAGGUUUAUAAGUAGGUGUUUCAACUGUAUAUAGAAGAAUUAAUUAAGAAGAAGGCAAAUUCAAGACCUUUG